GUGAGGCUGAAGGAAGGAAGGAAGCUUCGGAAUCCUGAAAUAAGAACAUACAAAUUUUGUUCUUCAUUUUUCUCUGCAACCAAACAAUCGUUGGCAUAGUAUUUUUCUCAUCCGAUAUUGUUUUUUAGCUUCAAAGUUUAGAUUUUUAGUCUCAAAUCGAGUUGAAAUCCCCAAUUUUCAUCGCAGGAACUUGUCUCGAAUCCGGAUCGGAUAUGGGUUUCCUGGUAACGACCUUGAUUUUCGUGGUGAUUGGGAUUAUUGCAUCGCUUUGCACCAGAAUAUGCUGUAACAGAGGGCCAUCUGCUAAUCUAUUGCACCUAACAUUGGUUAUUACAGCAACAGUCUGUUGUUGGAUGAUGUGGGCAAUUGUAUACCUUGCGCAAAUGAAACCACUUAUCGUCCCCAUUCUGAGUGAAGGGGAGUAAAGCCCCAUCACAGUUUGUCAGUGAAACUGUCAACAUGGAUUGUGGAUUUGAUUGCAGAAGAAUAGUUUGCGUGGAUCAUUCUGUUAGCUUCUCAUGUUAGUUGUUUAGUCGUGUAUGUAAUCCUUAUUGGAUCAUGAAACCUUGUGGUGGUUUGCCAUUGGUGCUUGACCACAUCUUCAUUCAUUUUCAUAAGAGUUGGCAAUGUUCUAUCACACAUUAUAUAAUUUUGAUAAAAUAAUUGUUUGGAA